UAAAGCAAGAUGAAUCAAGAAAAACUGGCUAAACUUCAGGCUCAAGUCCGAAUAGGUGGAAAGGGUACAGCUCGUAGAAAGAAGAAGGUAGUCCACAGAACAGCAACAGCUGAUGAUAAAAAACUUCAGAGUUCACUUAAAAAAUUGGCAGUAAACAAUAUUGCUGGCAUUGAAGAGGUGAAUAUGAUAAAAGAUGAUGGAACAGUUAUUCAUUUCAACAAUCCAAAAGUCCAGGCUUCACUCUCUGCAAAUACUUUUGCAAUUACUGGUCAUGCUGAGGUCAAACCAAUCACGGAAAUGUUACCUGGCAUUUUAAGCCAACUGGGUGCCGAUAGUUUAACAAGUCUUCGAAAGUUAGCGGAGCAGUUCCCAAGACAAGUGUUGGAUAGCAAAGUACCAAAAUCAGAAGAUAUUGAUGAGGAAGAUGACGAUGUUCCUGAUCUUGUAGAAAACUUUGAUGAAGCAUCAAAAAAUGAAGCUAAUUAAUUCAUUAAUAGUUCUGGAAGUUGACAUGGACUAGAUUUAAGAAAUCAGCUGUGUGGUCCCAAAGUUUUACAAAAACAGCGAACAUUACCCGUUUAAUAGUUCAAUAAUAUAAAAUAUUUUGUAUUUUAAUUAUGCUGUUUGUUCAGCAUUUCCUGUCAGUUGAUUUUUGCAUUUUGCACUUACUCCAGGAUCUACCUUUUCAGUUAAAAAGAAAAAGACAUUUUCAGUGCAGAUUAAGGUGUGUGCGUGUAUGUGUGUGAAUGUAUGU